AUGCCCCCACCACCUCGUGAACACCCACUUGACCGCGCGGCUGCAACCUUGCGCAAAUCCGGACAACGCCUCCAGUCCUCGCGCUUCGUGUACGGCAUGGUCCAUCGACCCGGAGACCCGCGGUACGAGUACUUUCGCAAGCUCGACAUGACGCCGCGAGGCCGGACGUUCCAGAGCGUCAUCUUGGGCAUGUUUAGGGCCAAGUCGACGUCGGCGGCGGCGCCGCGAUGA